UUUAUUUGUGUGUCCUGGGGCCCCUUCAAAGGCCCCCGAGCGAGCAUCUGCCAGGGGGCAUCCCUGGCAGCACCCGGCCGAGUGCGCCCCGCACGACGCGGCCGCACCCGACGAGCACGCCCCGCAGGCCGCGCGCGCCUCUGCGGAGCCGCUCGGGCGCGCCCCGGGCGCCCCCGGCGGCGCCCCCGGGGAGUGGGCCCCGCGCGCGGUGGAGGCGAUGCGCAGGCACGCGGCCGCGUGGGCGGCCGAGUCGGUCGGGCGCACCGAGGGCGAUCGCCGUGACGGCGGGCUGAGGCCGGCUGCGCGCAAGAGACGUGCGUGUCGAUCGGCGGCCCCGGCCCCCUCGUGCGCGCCGCCGGCCGUACUCCGGCGGCCCGCCCCUGCACAGCAAGUGCGUCGGCUUCGCGCUGCCCGGCGAGUACUACGCGGUCUACCUGAUGGACCGCGCGGCGCUCGAGCGCGGCGAGUACGCGUAUGGCCGCGACCUGCUCGUCGGCUGGCCGCGCUGCGACGGCUGCUUCCGCGCGUACCCGCCCGCCGCCGUCGCCGACGCCGGCGUCGACCUCUCGGCCGCGCACGUGUACGGCUGGCGAGGGGCUUACAGCGUCGAGGAGCGCCCCUGGUUCCUCCACGGCCUGCGCUCUCCCCCUGGCGGCUCCUGGACGCCGCCGUACGCCGACCCGGUGACCGGCGAGCAGAUCGUCUCGUACGUGGCGCCGCUCGGCGGGGCCGAGGGCGCAGUCGUGAUCGCGGGCGCGUUUGCGGCGCCCGGCCCAGACGCCCUCGGGCCCUGACAGAAAUCGCGGCGGGCGGU